UCACUCCCAGUUGUGUGUGUUACUAUAGAGACGGUUAAAUGACAGUCCCCCAGCAGGGAGAGCCAAUGGACGGCCGCAGCAAGGUGUCUGGUUACUCCCAGUCAGCCCACGCUAGCUGGGCUAAAGGAGGGGUUAUUCCACUUCUCAGCACUAAACGGUGACUUGGCUACGCUGCUGGAAGGGGACCUCAAUGCCGUGUUAGUGGCCAUGAAACACGACUUUUGAGGAAGAGAUUUGUUUUUUUUGUUUGUUUUUUUUAACUGUGGUGGCGCGGAAAACGGUACCUGCAGUUGAGUGGAUUUUGUAGCUGAACGUGUGGAGGAAACCUGUUGCCUGCCCGCCUGCCUCGCCGCUGAUACUCUCCCGAGAUGUUGCUUUGUGGAUGGGAUGGCCUCUGGUCCCGUUCGUGUGCGCACUCAUAGCCUCGUCGGAGCACGAACAUUUCCAUCUCAAGUAAUUGUGUAGCUCUCCCUCGACCGGGAAGAUGCACGUGUCUCUGGCAGAAGCCCUUGAGGUUCGGGGAGGCCCGCUCCAGGAGGAGGAGGUCUGGGCAGUGCUCAGCCAGAGUGCUGAGAGCCUCCAGGAGCUUUUUCACAAAGACCCUACAGCCAUGGGCUUUAUCAUCUCUCCAUGGUCCCUCCUGCUCAUGCCCUCUGGAAACAUCUCCUUCACAGACGAGUAUGUCACCCAGCAGGACUUACGAGCCUUCACAGCCCCUGAAGUCCUGGAUGGGGUGUCCUUGUCCGUUGCUGAUGUAGAGAAGAUGCACAUGUACUCCUUAGGGAUGACCCUGUUCUGGGGAGCAGACUAUGAGAUCCCCCAAAGUCAGCCUAUGAAGUUGGGGGAACACCUGAACAGCCUGCUUCUCAACAUGUGUGAUGAUAUUACAUUGAGUCGAAUGUCGUUGCGCACGGUGCUGGACAUCUGCAGCAAACACAUCAGAAAUUCCACUUGUGACCCUCCCUUCUCCUAUAUCAGAAAACUGGUCCGGUUGGUGCUGGGCAGCCUUUCCCAGCUGGAUGGUCUGCUGACUGAUAGAGAGUCUCUUCCAGAGCGAAGUAAGGAGAUUCGGGAGAGGUUGAGGGGCAAAGGAUUGCCCUCAGGGAGGAGUGCUGCCCCCAGGGUUUUGGAGCGCUACCGAGCCAGGACUCAGGAGCAGACGUCUCUUAACAGGGGCCUCAGUCGCUCCAUGGGCUCUCUGCCAAUCCAGGACCUGUUAAAGGGCGAUGAGGGGGGAGCCCAGCAGUAUUGCCCUUCUGACUAUCACCCCAACUCUGAGUCCCCCACAGAACUUUACCCCAAACCCCCCUCACUCCAGCACCAGCACUCAUAUCCCUAUCUACACCCUUUUCAUCCUCAGCAGAAGGGCCGGCCUGUGGAACUAGACCGGAGGUCUUUACCCUUCCACAGUGGAGAAAUAAGCCUCAGUCAGGCUCGGAAGACAUGGGCUUCCUCUGUGGACUUGGCUUACAUUGACCCAGAAGCUCUUCGUUUUGGGGCUUUGGAGGAUGCGCGCAGGGGCAGCAGUGCCAUAAGUACCCACUCGAUGGGCAGGGUGAAAUCACCCUUGCAGGCAUCUAGAGAGAGGGAUUCUCGUUACCCCGAGUUUGGUGGGCUGAAGAGCAGGAAGCCUCAUCACCACUCAGCCUUAUCGGUAGGCUCGGGCCUCCCUGGCGCCUAUGACAGGAUAAAGGAGAGACAGAGAAAGCUUCAGGUGCUGAGGCAAGCAGUGGAUGAUCCAGUCCACACCCACCAGAGGUACCACAGUGAUUACAGUUCAUCAAGCGAAAGCCCCUCGGUGACCUCCUCAGAUCCAGACUACAGGCAAGACGACUGGAAAUUCAAGAGUCAUUUACUCAAAUGUGUCAGUGCAGUGGGAGACAGAGAUAACAAAGCUAAGAAGCCAGGCGAUGUGAGGCGGUAUGGCUCCCAGCUGGCACUCUCCUCUGAACACGACGCUCUGUCACUGACGAGUCACAAUGCACACAGGCUCAGGCAGUAUGAAGGGGCAGCUGAUGAAGGUCUGGCUGGAGCAGAGCUGCUCCUCCAGAAGCAGGAGGAGGAGGUGCAGCGACUCCAGGCCCACCUGGCCAGCAGGCUGUCCAGGUCUAACCUCUACCCCACAGAUGACACCCUGGCCCCAGCUCGCACUUCCAUGCUCGACCUUCGAGACCCUCUCUACACCUCCUCAGUGCCUCUGCGCAAACCUAAGAUCUUCCAUGGGCCUGAGUUUGUGAAGAUGGCCAGUGAGCCCUGUGUUGCCUUAUCUGUUCCCUCUUCAAUAAUGAAACGUGGUAAGGUGGAGGAAGUGCAGAGGAAGGUGGUUGUGGUGCUGCUGAACAGCCAAAAGCUGGAGCUGAGCUGUGACAUCAAGGCGGUGUGUAAAGACGUUCUUGAUAUGGUGGUUGCCCACAUCGGACUUGUGGAGCACAACCUCUUUGGCCUAGCAUACCUCAGAGAUAAUGAGUUUUUCUUCGUUGAUCCUGAUGCCAAACUAACCAAAGUGGCACCGGAGGGAUGGAAGGAGGAUCCUAAGAAGAAAAAAUCUGACGUGCCUUUUAAUCUCUUCUUACGCAUCAAAUUCUUCCUUGAUGACGUCAGCCUCAUACAGCAUGCUAUGACCAAACAUCAGCACUACCUACAGCUGAGGAAGGAUAUCUUGGAGGAGAGGGUGCGCUGCGACACAGAAAAUGCCAUGAUCCUUGCUUCUCUGGCACUGCAGGCUGAGUUUGGUGACUACCAACCUGAGCUCCACGGAAAGACUUAUUACAGGCUGGAGCACUAUCUGCCGGUGUCAGUCCUUGAUAAGGUGAACCAGGCGACCAUCAAGGAGGAGCUGCCCAAACUUCACAGCAACUACUAUGGAGCAUCUGAGUCUGAGACUGAGUUUGAAUUUCUCAAGGUGAGCCAGAGGCUGACAGAGUAUGGCGUCCAUUUCCAUCGGGUGCUUCCUGAAAAGAGGUCGCAGACAGGCAUUAUGAUGGGUGUCUACUGCAAGGGGGUGCUCAUCUUUGAGGUCCUUAACGGAAAUCGGACCGCGGUGCUAAGGUUCCCCUGGAGGGAGACAAAAAAGAUUUCCUUUAUAAGAAAGAAGAUCUGCCUUCAGAACACAUCAGAUGGGAUUAAGCACCUGUUUCAGACAGACAGCAACAAGACCUGUCAGUAUCUGCUACAGCUCUGCUCUGACCAGCACAAGUUCCACCUGCAGAUGAAGGCCCGCCAAAAUAACCAGGAGCUUCAAGACCUAGAGAACUGCCCCUUGACCAGUUUGCAGUAUUCCCUCGAUCCUCGUAGUGGAGACUCAGUGGGUAGGACAGUGAGUUCAGGCAGUCUUGCCCCUAGCCUGUCGACACGCUCCAACCCAGACCACCUGAAGAGGAUCUCCUACUCAGAGGUGGCCCUCAACAAGGCACCGUCUGGCCCAAUGUUGGUCCAGGAUGAGCUUCACUUUCCAGGUUUCAAUCCAGUGGCCUCCACGGUCCUUUCCAAUCCACGGAUAAUGAGCCGCUCCCACCACAACCUCGGACAAAUGCCAGAGUCCCCAGAGCACCAAGUGGCAGAGUCGUAUCGUGGCCAGAAUCAGGCGCAACCCAACCAACUGGCCUCUCACUUCCAGCAGCACCAGAGAGCCAGCUCAGACACAGACUCCCUUGCACACCAGCAGAAUAAAUCAUUUAGCACAGCGACCCACAGCAGCCCAGCCUGGAGUCUAAACAGGUCCAAAAAGGAAUCUGACUCUUCUUCCAUAGAGGACACUGGCCAUGCAUAUGUUGUAGGUGUCAGUAUGCACAAUUCCUCUGGAGUGCCUUCAACCCCAGCUUCUGUCAAUGACUCAUUCAAAAAGAAGCUCAGUGCCUUACCGUCUCCAGAGAGAGAAAUCACAACUGUAAACCUGAAGAAAGAUGUGAAAUAUGGCCUGGGGUUUCAGGUCGUAGGAGGGGAGAACUCUGGUCGUAUGGACCUCGGUACCAUCAUUAGCUCCAUCACUCCUGGGGGUCCUGCUGAUGUCAACGGCUGCCUCAAACCUGGUGACCGGUUGAUUUCAGUGAACGACAUGAAGCUUCAGGGGCUUUCUCAUGCCUCCACGAUCGAUAUCCUCCAAAAUGCUCCUGAUGACGUCACUCUGGUGGUGUCACAGCCAAAAGAGAGGCUCUACAAAGAAUCUUCUCCGGGUUAUGUUCCCUACCAAGCCAAGUCUGCUUUGAAGGCACUUAAUUCUGGCCAGAGACGAGAACUAGAUUUUGACACCUCGUCAGAGGAGCAGGUGGGAACAGGGAGCCCCAGCCCUCCUCUCCACAGUGCUGGCUCACCAUCAUCCACCUCCUCCCCAGUCCAUCAGCACACCGGUUCUCAGGACUCUAGGACAAGUGGUGUUACUAAAAUCAGCCAGCCGCCUGCUGCUAAUGGAGUUCAGCAGUGUCUAGAAAGAGCUACAGCUGCUGCCACAGCUGCCCAGCUUCACAGACCAGAACCUAACGUGGGUUUGGAUCCUAUGCCACCGGCUCUGCCACCCAAAACUAGGAAAGCUAAAGUGUCAGAAGCUCCUAAAGUGUCCGAGCAUUCUGACAGGGGGGAUUCAGACAUGGAUGAGGAGACGUAUUCCAGUAGUCAAGAGAAGCUCAAGGUCAAAAAGGAAAACAUCAUGGAAAAUUUAAAUGGUAAUGCCUCAGGGGUCAAUAGUCUCUGUCCAGGAGAACUAUUUGACGUUGAGCUGUCCAAAAAAGACAGCAGCCUGGGCUUAAGUGUCACGGUACUGUUCGGAAAGGGCGGAGUCAACACAACUGUUCGACAUGGAGGCAUCUAUGUCAAAGCCAUCAUACCGAAAGGAGCUGCUGAGCUCGAUGGACGGAUACAGAAAGGUGAUCGUGUGAUGGCUGUCAAUGGAAAAAGUCUGGAGGGAGCCACUCAUCAGCAGGCGGUAGAGGCUCUCAGAGACACUGGGCAGACGGUGCACUUGUUGCUGGAGAAGGGUCACCGGCCUACAGACAGUGUCCAUGCUCCCCUCACACCUCAGUGUACUCCGCCAAGUGCCGACAGCGACCAAGACCAGAGCAAGAACAAAGAGCAGCCGCUUGAGGUCAAAGAAAAACCAGAGUACAGCUUUGUUACACCAGAUAACGUGUUUGAAGUGUGUCUGCUGAAGAACACAUCAGGGCUGGGCUUCAGUUUCAGUCGAGAGGAGAACAUCCCCGACGAACCCCACGGCUCCAGCAUGGUCCGGGUUAAAAAGCUCUUUCCUGGCCAACCAGCUGCAGAGAGCGGUCGCAUCAAUGUGGGUGACGUCAUCAUGCGGGUCAAUCAAACCUCUCUCAAAGGACUCUCACAACAUGAGGUGAUAUCAGCUUUGCGGGGAACAGGACAGGAGGUGACUUUGCUCCUCUGUAGACCCAAACAUGGGGUUCUUCCUGAAAUGGACACUUCAGCUUUAACGCCCAUGUCAUCACCCCGAAAGGAACUGGUAACCCAGCCAGAAUCCAGCCUGAGCUUCAGCAAGACUACCCCUCCUCAAGGCAAGCGGAGUAAAUGUGCGGUGGAGGAGGCCCUGGAGAGGCUGCGGAUCAAAACUCCCGGCCGACACAACAGCUACAGUGACAGCACAGACGGGGACGAGGAGGUGGAAGAAGCCUUCAGCCCGAGCACUGUGGAUCACAGUAGGCAAACCUGGGAUCGGAGCGUCUACCACACCCCCAGCAGCAACCUGGGACUAGGACGCUAUGACAGCACUGGCCACCUGGACGACACCAUCCACUCAGCCUUCUACUCCCCCAACCUCUCAAUGACGAGAUCAGACCUCAGCAAGAGGUGUCCUUCCCCUGUGGAUGUGGAGUCAGCUGCCCUGUCUAUGGUGUCCUCCCCCUCUGCCCCAAGCCCAGAUCCCCUGCCUCCCCCGCUGCCUCUGCCCUUAAACCUCACCUUAUCAGGCAACGGACAGGACAUGGAGGAAUUUGUUCCGGAAGUCGAGCUAAAGGUCUCCUUGGUGAAGUCAGAAAAGGGCAGUCUGGGCUUUACCCUCACCAAAGGUAACGAUCACGGGUGUUACAUCCAUGACAUUGUCCAGGAUCCAGCCAAAGGAGAUGGAAGGCUCAGGCCCGGGGACCGAAUGAUUAUGGUGAACAACACUGAUGUGGGCAAUAUGGGCCACACUGAGGUGGUUAAUCUUGUGCGUGCGGCCCCCCGUGUAGUUGACUUGGUGGUAGGGAGGGUCCUGGAGGCUCCAAAGCCCCCCAUAGAAGCUCACCUGCUGCCUGACAUUUGUUUAAAGGGCAGCCAAGAACCACUCGGUUUGGUGCUGGAUGGUGGCAGUGACAGUAUAUACAGUGUCUUGUUUGUGAAAGACAUUGCGCCGGGUUCAGUGGCCUUUGAGGAGGGAAGCCUGAGACCAUUAGAUCUGAUCCACUACAUCAAUGGUGCUCCCACCCAGGACCUGACUCUGAAUGAGAGCACCAGACUGUUGGAGCUCUCCCUCGACAACCUCUCGCUCAAGGCCACCAGGGAUGGAAAACCAGUCUCUCCUGGGCAGAAAAGUGUCUCUUUUCUUAAUAACAACAUUAGCCCCAAGGUUUCAUCCAGCAUGAAUGGGUUUCUUAAAGGAGAAGAUCCACAAGAUCCAGAGUGUCUUGCAGCACUUUGUCCCUCAGAGGAGGAGAUCAUAACGCUGGAUCUGGAGAAGCCUCAUGCAGGAGGUCUGGGUUUCUCUGUGAUUGGAGGAGAGAGGGGGAUCUUUGUCAAGUCCAUCACACCAGGAGGAGUAGCAGAGUCCUUGGGCAAACUGCAAGUGGGAGACAGGCUGCUGAAAGUGAAUGAAGAACUAAUGACAGGAGUGUCCCACACCAAAGCUGUCACCACCAUCCGCAAAGCUAAAGGCCUGGUUCACCUCAUAGUGUCCAGACCACCGGACCAGAAUCCAAACACAUACCUGGACUACCUGCCCAUCAAUUCUGACAAGUGCAACGGAAACACAGACAUGAGUGAGGACAGUGGGGUGAAGACUAAGCUGCGUGCUCUCCAUGAUGAGCUCAAAUCUGGCAACUAUCCUUUGUUACCACCAGCAGACUAUGAAGAAGAUGGUCUAAGAGAGACGGAGCACAGCACAGAGCUUUCAGAGGACACAGAUUGUGAUGGAUCUUCUUUACCUGAAGAUUCCCCUGAGAGUUCCCGUAAAGUGGAAUGGCAAGAGGAGAGUGUUGACGAUCCUAGGAACGAAAACUAUCUGCAAAUGGGUGCUGGACAGCCAGAGGAAGAUGAAAUCACAUGGGGAAGUGAUGAACUACCGAUUGAAAACAUGAACUCCAAAUCGAGAGAUGAUGGGCCAAUCAUCACCGAGGAUGAGCUGACGUCUUUACCGCUCGUCAAAGUGGUCCCUGACGGUCAGUACACCGGAGCAAAGCUCAACACCGUGGUGCGCAUGAUGAGAGGCCUCCUCGAGCAGAAGGUCCCACUGCAGGAGUUUGAAAAUCUUCAGAACCUCCAGCCUCUGGACGACUGUUUAAUAGGCCAGACGAAGGAGAACAAGAAGAAGAACCGCUACAAGAAUAUUGUUCCCUUUGAUACAACUCGAGUCGUGCUGGGCAAAGAUGGGGGCUACAUCAACGCCAACUUCAUCAAGAUGUCAGUGAAGGAUGAGGACUACUUGUACAUCGCCUGUCAGGGUCCCUUACCCACGACUCUGGGUGACUUCUGGCAAAUGGUCUGGGAGCAGAAGUCCAACGUGAUCGCCAUGAUGACCCAGGAAGUAGAGGGAGGGAAGGUGAAAUGUCAACGGUACUGGCCAGACACACUGAGGACAGCAGAGAUGGUGGACGACAGGUUACAGAUCAUGCUCAUCAAAGACCAGUAUCUCGACAACUUUGUCAUCCGACUCAUAGAGGUCAAAGACAUCCAGACCAACGAAAUACAGCGUGUGACUCAUCUUAACUACACGGGAUGGCCCGACCACGGAACGCCCACACAGCCUGAGCAGCUGCUCACAUUUAUUUCUUACAUGAGGCACGUUCAUCGAUCGGGACCCAUCAUCACACACUGCAGUGCAGGCAUCGGUCGAUCAGGGACCCUCAUCUGUAUAGACGUGGUUCUGGGUCUCAUUGGUAAAGAUGCUGAUUUUGAUAUUUCAGAUGUCGUUCGGAACAUGAGACUUCAGAGACAGGGAAUGGUCCAAACAGAGGACCAAUAUAUUUUCUGCUAUCAAGUGAUCCUCUAUGUCCUCAGAUGCCUUCAAGCAGAGGAGAACAUCUCAGGAUAGUAGAAAACCACAUUCGUAGGGGCUGAGUGACUGUUUCACAAGAGCAAAACAAAAAUGGAGGAGAGUUGACACAGGCAGAAAUUGCCAAAUUUACACUACAUGUUUUUUAAACUGCCUUUAAAUAUUCAGUUCUCUUGAGAGUAAAUCCUUUUAAAGAAGUCUAUAUUUUUAUGUUUGCUUUUUGAGUUUCUCUCACUUCGGCUGCUACUCCCUUUCAAUGCAUUUAUGAGAACUGCUGAUUGUAUUUCUUGUUGUCACCUACAAGAGAACACUUUUUUGCCCCCCCCCCCCGAUUCUUGAAUAUUCUAAAAUAAUUAUGAAAGUGAUCAACAACUUCGUAUUUUAUGUGGAACAAAAUUGUACUUGUGUAUUUUAAAUCCUAUUUUGAUGCUGGAACAUGCCUUGACAGAAUACUAUGUCAGUAUUUGCUUUGUAAAUCUAUUAUACAGUAAUUGCUUACUGCCUGAGGGUAAAUGAUGGAAUUAAAAGUGUACAUAUUCAUCUCCUGAAAAUUAAACUGGAUACAUUUUAAAUGUUAUGUAGAGGAAAGUUUCAUUUGUUUUAAAAAUCUGAAAUAUUUUUCCUUGACUUAAUUGUUUUAUGCAUAUUACCUUUUAUAUACCUUUACUGUUUGCGUUCAUGCUGUGUGUAAAGGUUGCUGUCACAUUCCAAACUUCAUUUAUAGACAACAAUAUUUUCCAAAGCUUGCUGCCGAACAGAACCACUGAGAAGUCUGAGGAAGAGAAGCUACAACUUGUGCACAUGUGUAAAGGCUGGUGACUUGAAAAUUACUUAAUUUACACAAAAGGUUACUGCACAGUAUUGCAAUAAUGAGAAGCUGUGCUGAGGCUGCUAGAGGAUUGAUAACUUUUCAUUCUUAGAGCAAUAAUUUGUGAAGACAUUCUGCAUUAUAUUGGUGUUGAUUUGUCGACCGAGUGAUCAAAUUUCUUGGCUGUAAUGCCACAGAAAACCACAAACUGGCCUCAAAAUUGACCAUAGAAUUGAUUAAACAAGUCUGUGCAAAGAUUGAACAUCGGAGAACACAUAUUUAUAUUUUUCUUUCUUGCCAUUUACAGAUGUUAAUGUUACUGUAUCUGCUCUCUAUGAAUGAAUGCAUACUCCUGAGCUAUCAAAUGGAACCAUGUCAUUUUCAUGAAAUACAGAGGCAGGAAGCUGUAGGUGUUGCUGACAUGUUGUGUUGUCUUGCACCAGUUUCACCACUAUGUGGUGCCAAAAUACAUUAUCCCAUCACUGUAAAAUAAUUCUGGAAACAUGGAUCUCCAGAAAUCUUUACUGACAUAACACUCACUUGGCUGUUCAGUUGCCCAUUUAAACAAAAUAAAGCUUAUAUUGCUCAA